CUGUCGUCUUAUUUAAAAGCCGGAGAUGGAGUGAGAAACCAUCUCUCUCCCUCUCCCUAUCUAUCUCUCUCUUACAAAUUUCGAUUUCUCGGGGGAAAAAUAUAAGACUUUUGAAACCUCUAUCGCUAAUACUUCCCGAGAAAACCUGAUGAAUUAAAAGUUCAUAUUUUUUCUUGGUGUUAGAUGAAUUAGUCAAUUCUCUGUUUCCAUCUUAUAUGGAUAGUGUAGACACAGAGCAAAGAUCCUUCUUUGGAGAAAAACAAGAUGAGAGACGAGAGAGGAUCGUUUCUUCACGUAUUGGUCGUAGGUAGAUCUGAAUCGAUAACGAUAUAGGCCUUGAUCUAACCAUUAUAUAUAAACUUCAUUUCUUCUCAAGUAAUUUUCAAUCCCUAUAGUUCCGACCAAACAAGAUGAAGAGGUCACGUGGAAGCUCCGAUUCUUUAGCCGGUUUCUUACCAAUUCGCCAUUCUACAACAGACAAACAAAUAAGUCCAAGACCAACAACCACUGGCUUUCUCUAUUCCGGCGCCGGAGACUACUCGCAGAUGUUCGACGCAUUAGAAGACGACGGAAGUCUAGAAGACAUCGGCGGUGUUGGACACGCGUCUUCUACGGCGGCGGAGAAAAAACGGCGGUUGGGUGUAGAGCAAGUGAAAGCGUUAGAGAAGAAUUUUGAGAUUGAUAACAAGUUAGAGCCAGAAAGGAAAGUGAAGCUGGCCCAAGAGCUUGGGUUGCAGCCGCGUCAAGUGGCGAUCUGGUUUCAGAACCGCCGUGCUCGGUGGAAGACAAAACAGCUUGAACGUGAUUAUGGCGUUCUUAAGUCAAACUUUGAUGCACUCAAACGCAGCCGCGACUCGCUUCAACGCGAUAACGAUUCCCUCCUUGGACAGAUUAAAGAGCUGAAAACAAAACUUAACGUGGAAGGGGUUAAAGGUAUAGAAGAGAACGGCGUUGAAAAAGCCAUGGAAGCAAAUCAGGCGGUGAUGGCUAGUAAUGAAGUCGUAGAGCUAAACCACCGUCUUCCGCCGCCUCCAACGCAUAUUCCUACUGAAGAUCCGACAUCGGAGCUCGCAUACGAAAUGUUUAGCAUUUUUCCACGCACCGAAAACUUCAGAGAAGAUCCUGCCGAUAGCAGCGACGACUCAAGUGCGGUUUUGAACGAAGAGUAUAGUCCCACAACCGUUGAAGCAGCGGGCACGGUGGCGGCCACGGCGGUUGAAAUGUCGACGAUGGGUUGUUUUAGCCAAUUCGUGAAGAUGGAAGAGCAUGAAGAUCUGUUUAGUGGAGAGGAAGCUUGCAAGUUGUUUGCGGACAAUGAGCAAUGGUAUUGCUCCGAUCAGUGGAAUUCGUAAAAUGUGGGGGCAGAAUUGAAAAAAUAUAAAAAUUGGGGUAGGAAAAUCAAUUACCCAAAAUGUUGGGGUUUUAGUUGAGAAAAGGGAAAAUGACGCGAGAGUGUAAAAAUCAAGAGAUCACGUGUGGUUCCAUGCACGUGUGGCCGUAAUCUUUCCAAGGUUAAGAGAGGGGACAAAAAAAAAACUCUGAAAUGAUCGGUAAUAAAAAAAAAUUAUGUGACAAAGAAAUCGUUUUUUCGUCGUUUAUAAUAUUAUUUUGAAUAAUUUUA